AGAGGGCGCAUGAAUCUGGAUAGUGGGUUUGUUUAGGAAAAGCGGGAUGAAGCGAGUGUCCUUUAGAGCUCGGUGUACAGGGAAAGAACAUUGCAUUUAGAGUAGAGGGACUUAGAUUUGAAUCCCAGCUCUGUUACUUCCUCUCCAGGUGACGCUUCCCCUCUGGUCACCUAAAUUGUAAAAUGUGUGGAUUGGGUUUGAUAAUCUCCCAAUUGAGUUUUACUGGCUCCGUGAAUUAGAUUAGCCUUGUUGCAAACAAUUCACGAAAUUAGACCUGGGCCAGAAGCACUCCAGGAAGAAGGUAAAACAAACAGCCAGUGACCCUACCAGAGGCUGUGAGGAUCCCAGAUGCUUCUAACUACCUGCAGAACGCUCGGAAGGGGGAAGAGAUCCUGCCACAUUUUUCCAAUUCUCCCGGGUCACUCAAAGGAUUCUCUUGUAGAUUGGUGGGAGCUUUUGCUACUGUUGCCUGUGUUGCCUGUGUUGCCUGUAUUGCACGCCUUCACUCAGUUCGUUUUAUAUAAUGUCACUUAAUCGAGAGCCCACACAGAAGCCCAAGAACAAAAAUGAAGAUACCUGCAUGAGCAAAAGAGAGUCCCAGAAACCCAGCUUCACCAGCCCAACCCCUGUUAUCAAGCAGCUCGAUCCCUGGAACCGACUCCAUGCAACUUCCACAAUUGCCCGUAUCAGGGGGAGCGUAUAUUUCUAUAACCCGGACGUUCCCCUGGAUGACUUGGAUUUCCGAAUUACAUCCUUGUACAACCACCAUAUGGGAUACCUUCAGGACAAGGCACAGACUCUAAUCCAUGAGGAGACCAUCAAUGACACCCAUGGAGUCAUCAAAUUCCAGGACCCACAUGAAAUAAUAUGUCCUUCCUUACCUCCCAUCCCUCCCGGAACAAUGAGGCAAUGGGUCAACCCCAAGAAGGAAUCAAUCCACAGUACCAAAGGGUCCAUAACAUCACCUCAUCUACCAACUAGCAAUGGUGGCUAUUCUCGCAAGACUGAUGGUGGCUUCUUCUCCAUUUGAUUUAAUAAUUACUAAUUUGGGUAACCCAUGCCAAUGAGAAAUCCUCUGCCGUCUGCUAGCCUCUCCUUCCUCUCACCUCCAUUAAAUUUGUUUAGAUGAAAAAAAAAA